UUUUGGCCUCUCCUUUGUCCCUGACCGCGCACAACGCUGCAGCUUGAACUCUUUUUUUCUGAAGAAGGAACAGCAACCUGCUCUCAACGCGUGACGAAAGAAACGGAAAGCAACACACACAACCAGCAACAGCAGAAGCAGCAGCAGCAGCAGCAGCAGCCAUGGACAAGCUCAACACCAUGCUGGACAAGUUCGGUAAGGACCUGGGCAAGUACCCCAUCCUGUGCAAGGCGGAGGAGACGACCAACUGCCCGAAGCAAUAUCUCGUGCUUGGCGCCGGGUCGAUCCUGUUGUCUUGCCUUCUGAUGGGCUUCGGAGCGAGCCUGAUCUGCAACCUGGGGGGAUACGUGUACCCGGCCUACCGCUCUUUCAAGGCCAUCGAAAGCGCCAGCACCAAGGACGACACGCAGUGGCUCACCUACUGGGUUGUGUUCGCGGCGUUCAGCAUUUUGGAAGCGUUUUUGUCCGUGCUCCUCCACUGGAUCCCCUUCUACUUCGCGCUGAAGCUGGCCUUCCUCGCGUGGUGCUUCCUCCCGCAGACCCAGGGUGCUGCUCUCCUGUACAACAACUUCAUGAAGGACUUCCUGGCAAACAACAAUGCUGCCAACCCCAUCCCCGCCGAAGGCAAGGUUGAGGGAAUGGCCAGCCACCUCAAGGACACCUAAAGCGGAGGGAAGGGACGCUAGCUGGGGGCAGCUGUGCAAGUUCCCCAGGGGGGGGG